CAGAGACAAGUAAGGAACGCCACAAGCUGAGAAGGGCCAACCAAAAGACAAAGAAAGCAAUUGAGAAUGCAGUUGGAAAUAUACAACAUUGCCGCACAAGAUAUAGAAAAUGAAGUACAAAUAAAUUCAACCGAAAUGGGAUGUAUUCUGAAAGCUGAUUUCCCAUGGAGGUCAGACAUUACUCUGGGGAAGAAAAGAGACCUUGUUAAUAAGAAAGAAUCAUUUGAAAGACUUAAAGAGGAAGAUGUCCUCCUUAAAAAAGAAAUAAAACAAUUUCUAUUAUAUUACAAGUCUAAAGAUACAAAUGGAAAUGUAGGAAUGGAAAUGGAUGUAAACAAUAUCAACGAUGCUACAUAUAUGAAAGGAUUGGUGGGUUUACCUUUCUUUAAUGAUGAGGCCUAUGCUUGAUGAAACAAUUGUUGACAACACCUCGGAGAGUGAUGAUGAUUCUGAAUUGUCAGACUUGUCAGACAUAGAAUCAGACCAAGAGGAAAGAAUGGGACAAGAAAACAAUACACAAUUUAAUAUUGUCUGAACUUUGUUCUAUAAAAAGUGAUACAUCAUUAAAUGAUGAGUCAGUGAAAGGAUCAUAAUAUUAAUGUAAAUUAAAAAGUAUCGAAACUUUAAUGUCUAAAACUAACUCAAACAAUCCAGGUCAAAUCUAAGUUUUUGAAGUUUCUCUAAGUUUUCUAUAGCCUAUACUUCAUUAUUUCUUGUG